AUGACGACAGCGCACCGGUACACGAGGGCAGAGAAGGGGAAGGCUAUCGCCGGCUCAUCCCGUUGGAUAAUAGACCCCCCGGGUAUACUCCCAGAUGUGGAGAAUGAAGAGUUGAUUGAAGAGAAUAAGCUGUCGCUUAUAGGACGUGUCCUUCACCCAGCGACCCAGAGUCCAGCCGCGAUCUUGAACUUUCUACCCCAGAUCUGGGAUACCAAAGAAGGAAGAGUGCAGGUCCAACUUGACGCUUUCAAACCACUUAGCAUGAAGAAAACGGUACAGCUGAAACCGGGAACGGAGAUGCCAGUGGAAUUUGAAUAUGAAAGAUUAGAAAAGCAUUAUUUUACGUGCUUUGCUCUCACUCAUGAGGAAUUGGAUUGUCCAAAAAGGUCUAGAGGCCCGGUUGGGGAAGCCAACAAACGUGGUAUAAACCAACAAAAAACGGUGUACGUCUUGAGGAAGAUAAGAGGAAAAGAGAUUCCAUAA